GUGAACGCCAGAAUGGAGCGGUAAGCGUUCCGCAGUGCGCUCGCCAGAAUGCGCCCACCAGCGGACGGCGGUGACGCCGGUGAAGCAUCGUCCGACGACGACAUCAAAAGCGGAUCAUUUUUGAAACUACACUUGUCGUAUCAGCUGUACUGCCUUUUCUAGUGGACACCGCGACGCAAUUGAAAGGGACGACGCCUGGCGCCAUACAUCUCGCUCGCUUCAGACUGCGGAAUACGCCCUCAGACUUUCUCGCGCUCCCUACCGUCAUCACUCUGUUCUGUUAUCAAUCAAUCUGAAGAAUAAUUAUCAAUACUCUGCUCACUCCCGGCCCAACAUUCAAAAAAACGCGCUCAAGCACUAGAACAGGCCGCGUUGCGUUUUUGAUCACAAAGGCGCCCCGUGUGUGAUUUCUGCACUCGAAUCGCGAUAAGAGGAGGCCGGCUUUGUCCUUUUUUGGCCUUCGAAAUUGCCCCGAUCGGCUUCCUCUUAUCGCGAUUUGAGUGCAGAAAUCCCCACACAAGACGCGCCCGCGUCGCUUGUGGACUGCAGAAGGCAACAAUCUUCUUCAACAAUGACGUCAGCGCAAUCUUCUUCACGAUAAAAACAACUAUUUCUUCACAAUUCGAGCGCAUCCAUUUGGUGCGUGUAUUUCUUCACACUUUCUACACAUAGCUUUCUACAAAUAGCAUUUUUCACAAAUAGACCUCGUGCCGUUUUUCGCGAAUAGACCUCGUUCUUCUGCGUCGAUUCUUCUGCGUCUGCGCUUCCGACCUCAAGGCUCUCCGUUCCCGCCCUCCAGGCAUUCGGUUGCGCAUUCCCACUGACUGUGUAAGCGAAGUUCCACGUGCGUGUGCGGUUCCCGCUUUGCCAGCGAAGGCCCACGCUGAGACCUGUUCGUUCGCGCCGCGACUUCGAAACCUGGGCGGGGGUUGGUGUGGAUGAAUACAAUAAACGCUCUGACCUAGCCCCGAAAUUUCACAAAUGCCGUCUAAUCCCACAACGCAGAAAGUUCAGAACUCAGGUAUCUACGUGCAAAAAAUAAACGACCUUCUCUGUUUCCGGCGGAGGAACAUGUGCUCGACGCCUUUCACGUUCGUCAGCGCUGUGUCGCGUAGAUGCCAUGGCCUUUCCCUCGGAUGUGCUCGAGCGCCUCGCCCCGUCAUCAAGUGCGCGGCUUGUCGGACCGUGUCGACUAUCAGAACCCGAAAAAGCGGCUUUGUUUGCCGCUUCAUGUCUUCUUGUUAUAGUAGGGGUCGUUUGGGCUCAAGAAGAGCGUUGUGGCCUACCGUGACCAGGACGCCAAAAAAAAAACGGGCCCUGUCAUCAUGAUUUUUAAUACUGGAGAUAUAAUCUUUGACAACCGUCAAGGACAACGAACCGUAUAUCUUUGACCACCGUAAAGGUAAAAAUCGUAUUCGUGAAAGUCAACUUGGUCUUCUAAGCAAUAGCUCCAGAUUUCAGAGUGAGUAAAAAGUGAACAUGAAAGAAGUGGCGUCUAUUGGUACGCGACGGCACUGCAUAUGAAAUUACCUCAAGAGGGUCGGUCUCGGUGAU